AGAACCCCUCACCGGCCGCGGCUCGCCUCGUCUCCCAUUCUUUAUUCUCUUCUCUUCAUCUUUCAUUGAUCGGGGGAGUUGAGACGAUGAGCAGGUGGCCAGGAGACUGGAACUGCUGGUCAUGCCACCACCACAACUUCAGCUGGCGAGACUCGUGCCAGCAAUGUGGCAACCUGAGGUCGUCCAGUGGCGACCCCUCCUACGCCGCCCUCGGAGGUGUACGUGGAGGGUCCUCAUUCGUCUUCAGCGUCUCGAAUCACGUCCGGCCUGGAGACUGGUAUUGCUCCUGCGGCGCUCAUAACUUCGCCAGCCGAUCCAGCUGCCACUCUUGUGGUACCUCCAUGGACAUUGACCACAAGGAAACGCCUGGCUCACGAGGUGUCGCCUACGGUGGCGGCGGCUGGAAGUCCGGGGACUGGUUAUGCACCAGGUCGGGCUGCAAUCAGCACAACUUCGCUAGCAGAAGGGAAUGUUAUCGAUGCAAGACACCCAAGGGAUGCGGCAUUUAAAGCCAAUGGAAAAAGGCCGGAGAGAGGGGCGACAUGACCGAAUGAACAGAGUGGGAUUAAUGCUUCCCACCACCUAUAUAAUGAUUUU